UUUGUCCCAGGAUGCUCCGCGUAGGUCGCGUCCGGGGAUUGGCUGCGCUGCUGCACGUGGUGCCAGGCAGGCGGCGGCGGUUGCCGGGGCGACGGCUGGACGAGGGGCGACCGGGCAGGGUAGGCGCAUGUGCCCGCGUCAGAGCAGCAGAGAUUUUUGCUGUGAGAAUUAACAGUAACGGUUCAAUAUGGGGGACAUUCUGGCUCAUGAAUCAGAAUUACUUGGACUAGUGAAAGAGUUUUUAGAUUUUGCCGAAUUUGAAGACACCUUGAAAACAUUUUCAAAAGAAUGCAAAAUAAAAGGAAAACCGUUAUCUAAAUCAGCAUGUGGCUCUUUAAGGGACUCCAAAUCAUCGAUAAUCCAGAAGGACCUCCUUGCUGCGUUUGACAGUGGAGACCAGAAGGUGUUCUUCGAUUUGUGGGAGGGGCACAUUCCCAGUUCCAUCCGGGCUGGCGACUCCCUCGCCCAGAAGUUGGAAUUCUACCUACACAUCCAUUUUGCCAUCUAUCUUCUGAAACACUCCACAGGGAGACCUGACAAAGAGGAACUGGAUGAAAGGAUUUCUUAUUUCAAAACCUACCUGGAGACCAAAGGGGCAGCGCUGAGCCAGACCACGGAGUUUCUCCCUUUCUAUGCCCUGCCUUUUGUUCCCAAUCCCAUGGUCCACCCCUCAUUUAAAGAGCUUUUCCAGGAUCCUUGGACUCCAGAAUUAAAGUUGAAGUUGGAAAGGUUUCUGGGUUUAAUUUUUAAAGCCAGUAACACGCCGAAGCUUUUAACAUUAUAUAAGGAGAAUGGACAAAGCAACAAAGAAGUGUUGCAGCAACUCCACCAGCAGCUGGUAGAAGCUGAGCGUAGGUCAAUGACGUACUUGAAACGGUACAAUAAGAUCCAGGCGGACUACCACAAUCUCAUCGGGGUCACAGCAGAGCUGGUGGAUUCUCUGGAGGCCACGGUCAGUGGCAAGAUGAUCACCCCCGAGUACCUGCAGAGCGUCUGCGUCCGCCUCUUCAGCAACCAGAUGCGGCAGAGCCUGGCGCGCAGCGUGGACUUCACGAGGCCCGGCACGGCUUCAACCAUGUUAAGAGCCUCCUUGGCACCCGUGAAAUUGAAGGAUGUCCCAUUACUGCCCUCCUUGGAUUAUGAGAAACUGAAGAAGGAUUUGAUUUUGGGGAGUGACCGCUUGAAAGCCUUUUUGUUGCAGGCUCUGCGCUGGCGCUUGACCACAUCGCACCCUGGAGAGCAGAGGGAGACCGUUCUGCAGGCCUACAUCAGCAACGACCUCUUGGACUGUCACAGCCAUAGCCAGAGGAGUGUGCUGCAGCUGCUGCACUCGAAGAGCGAGGUGGUACGGCAGUACAUGGCCAGGCUCGUCAACGCUUUUGCAUCCCUGGCAGAAGGUCGCCGCUACCUUGCCCAGAACACAAAGGUGCUGCGGAUGCUGGAAGAGAGGCUGAAGGAGGAAGACAAGGACGUCAUUACUCGGGAGAACGUUCUCGGGGCCUUGCAGAAGUUCAGCCUCAGGCUGUUUCAUCCUAGGCGCCCACUGCAGACAGCGAUGAUUCAAGAUGGCCUCAUCUUCUGGCUGAUUGACGUCUUGGAGGAGCCUGACUGCCUGUCAGACUACACGCUCGAGUACUCGGUGGCCCUGCUCAUGAACCUCUGCCUCCGGAGCACAGGGAAGAACAUGUGUGCCAAGGUGGCGGGCCUCGUGCUGAAAGUUCUUUCGGAUCUGCUCGGCCAUGAAAACCGCGAGAUACAGCCGUAUGUGAAUGGAGCUCUGUACAGCAUCCUUUCUAUUCCAUCCAUUCGUGAAGAAGCAAGAGCAAUGGGAAUGGAAGACAUCCUUUGCUGCUUCAUCAAAGAAGGCAAUGCUGAAAUGAUCCGCCAGAUUGAAUUUAUCAUCAAGCAGCUUCGUUCAGAAGAGCUACUGGAUGGUGUUCUUGAAUCUGAUGAUGACGAAGAUGAAGAUGAUGAAGAGGACCAUGACACUAUGGAAGCCGAUCUGGACAAAGAUGAACUGAUCCAGCCCCAGCUUGGAGAGCUCUCAGGCGAGAAGCUGCUGACCACGGAGUACUUGGGAAUCAUGACCAACACGGGGAAGGUGAGGCGGAAGGGGGCGGCCGGCGUGCAGUGGGGCGGCCCUGAGCCCCUGUGCCGGCCCAUCACUCCCGGCGGCCACAGGACCGGGUACCCAGCGCUGGAAGACCAUCCCAUCUCUCCCCAGAUGGCCAAACAUGCCAGAAACAGCUGCCUCCCGUCUCUGCCAAAUGCCCACCGUCCAGUCUGCAAGGGGGUCAUGCCUGGUCCUGAGCCUUGCACUUCCUCCUCAUCCGCCAUCGAUGCCAAGUCGGGAGAGCGGUUGCCAGCAGGACGUCAGGGAGAGCCUCACCUGCCCCCAGCGGGGGGCCCGAGCCAGCCUAGGGAGGUGCCCUGUGCCCUGGACAGUGGCGAGACCACCAGGGAGUUUACACCAGGCUUCGCCUACAAGCCCCGGGCCCCCUGCAGCCCGGAGAUCCUGGACCUGAACCCACCCAAGGCCAAGGCAUCGGCUCUGGCCCCUCAUUUCUCCUCGUGUGGCCCACAGCAGGCCAGCCGCCCCGGCUCCACGGCGUCCGCCACGAGGAGCCUGCAAAGUAAGUCAGCCUGCAGGGAAGGGCGCUGGCCUUCUGCCCCUUCCGUGCCCACCGGACCAAGGCCCGCUUCCCCUCCCCGCAGGACCAGGGCCCUAGCCGGUCGCUUCCUCUGCCCCAGGGACCGGUUCUUCACUCAUCUUUCUGUUUAUGAAAUUGCCCUUGGCCUCAGCGGCUCAUACACAGACAGGCAGAAUGACACCCUCCAGGCAGUGCCACUCGGAGACAAGAUCCCCCUGCGUGGGGCUUGCAGGUCAACCCUGAAAUCCGAACCGGCCUUCUGGUGGGAAGCAGCCAGCAGCAGCUCAGGGUGGCCUCGAAAUCAGACAGAAGCAGGUGCUUCCUCGCAGGCUGGGCGGAGGGGUCGCCCGAGGGACCGAGGGGGGUGUCCAAGGGCCCCCCUCUGUCCCUGGGGUCCCCCUCCUGCCCUUUUACUAGCGGUAAAGACCGCUUCUCUGUCCCCUGCCCAUCGGCUACUUGACCACACCCCUCCACUCCCCAGCUGAGCCCUUUUCUAAAGGGCUUUACUAAAAAUAAGGGAAAACAAAAGAGAAACCGAACAAAAGAACGUCCAGCGGCACAGAAUCAGUCACUCUCAGGAUGUAUGCAGGCCUGCGGCCGGCCCCUUCCCUUCCUGGCGCGGCCCUGGGCGCUCUGGCAAGCCGGGGAGCCGUUGGGCUGGGAGCGUGUAAAUGGGCCGAGGCUGGGAAGCCCGCGGGGCCCUCCCCCUUCUUUCAGCGCCCCUCUGCUGGGAAACACACGCGGGGCCCCAGCCCGGCCUCCUCACCGCGGUGCUUCCGCACACAGGUCCGGAGGAAAUGCCGGCGAGUACCGGGGGGUGGGGGGGGGGGCGGCCAGGAGAGGGGCAGGCAGGCCGCCCAUCCCAGCCCGGCCUCCGGGCUGCAGCAGGCCGGGCGCCCCUGCUCUCGUAACCACGGUGGCAGCACCCGGCCGCGGACGGGCUGGCCGGCGCACGGGGUGGGUAGCAGCAGAUACGCGUCCCUCGGCCUCGACAGACCCAGGCGCGCGGCCGGCGGAGCUCACUGAGUCCCCGCACCGGGCAGCCUGCUUCCUGUAAGGAACGAACGUGGCCGCCCGACUCAGGCCCUGGCCGCAGAGCAGGUGACCCGGGAGGGAAGGUUCUCCUGUUGAAAGGAGGGCUUGUGUGGGACAGACGGGGCUCUGUGCUGAGACCGGCCUGGCGCUGGCAGCUUGCCUAGAUUUUCUUCUCCAGGCGGCCAGUCUUCCAGGAUGUGAGGCUGGAUUCUUCCCCGGUGUCACCAUCCCGUUGCCCAGUGACCAGCCAACUUCCUGCCCUCAGCCAGCCAGCAGCUGCAGGUGACAGAUGUGAAGA